UGUACUUCCAGAGAUAUCAAAAUAUGGAUCAAUAUUUACAAACUGCAGAAAACAGUUGGGAUCUCCAAGAAAUUGAAGAAUAUGGAGCUCAAGAUUGCACCACAAUUCUCACAUCCUUGCUCCAACAGUUCCUUCUCUUUCUCUUAACACUUUGAUCUUUUCUUUUUGGUUUUUAAAUUUAAUUUAUGCUCUUCUUUUAUUUCCAACUUGAUACACUAUGACUUUUUUUUUUUUUUUGUUGAUAUAUUUGUAAAUAUUAAAAGGAAUUGUGUCAAUAAAAUGUUUGUGUUUUCCAGUCCCGAAAUUCAAUCUGUAAUUUCAUCCGAUGAUUUGUCUUCUAAACAAGAGAACAUACCUCAAGAAAAUGAAUCAAAGCAGGUGGAGGUUGUGGUAAAGAUUGAAGUUGAUUCUCAACUAAAAUCCAUUCGGUCAAGACUUCUUAAAUCCUCCAUUGUCUCCAUUGGUUCUUCCGGUCUCACAAGAAGCAGCCAACUUAGUAACCAAUUAGGAAAAGAAAGAACUGUAAUUGGAUUUGAAAAUCCGAAGCUGAAGCUAUGUUUCAUUAAUCAAAUGCCUCCCACCAUCUUUACCAACAAUGAAAUAAAAGCCAAAAAUGGGAAAGCACUAGUAGUUGCAAUUUGUGAUAAUACUACCAACUCCAAAGUUAUCAUCAAGACAGGUUUUUUGUCGAGGGCCUUGGUUGAGUUCGUCGUCCUCGACGAUGAAUUUGGCUUCAAUUUACGACGAGAGAAAAAUAAUUGUUGGAGUUGGAAUGAUUUUAACGAAAGUAUUGUUUCUGAAAGAGUUGGGAAAAGGCCCUUAAUUGUUGGGAAUGGUAAGAUAAUUCUCUUGGAAAAUGGGUUUGGACAGCUUAAUGAUUUGAGCUUUAGUGACAAUUCAAGUUGGACCAAAACUAAGAAGUUUAGAUUGGGAGUGAAAUUUGUGGAUGAGGAAAUCAAAACUAAAUUUCCAGGAAUUGAGGGAGCUGUCUCCGAACCCUUUAGAGUGAUGGAUCAGCGUGGUGAAGGGUACAAAAAACACCACCCUCCAAGUAGGAAAGAUGAAGUAUGGCGAUUGGAAGGAAUUGCCAAAAAUGGUGCAUAUCACCAACGCUUGUCCUCCAACGGAAUAGAAAAUGUGGAUGAUCUUUUGAAGGUUUAUAAACAAAAGGGUUCUACUUACUUAAAACAGCUACUUGGAGAGAAAAUCCCUGAAAAGAUAUGGAGUAAGAUGAUUAAUAAUGCUUUAGAAUGUGAUUCAGUACUGUUAGUUUCUCCAUCCUUCAAUCCAACCCCUACGCAACACUUAGGGGAAAAUUAUAAAGCAACGGGAGCUGGCCAAGGUUUUGAAGGGACGAUGGGGGAGCAAGACGAGCAUUAUUGCAAUAAUGAUUAUCCACCAUUGUUGCCACAUGGAGAGGCUUCAACCUCAUACCAACCAUAACUAUAAUUAUGGGCGACCUUGCAAUGGGUUGGUGCCUUGACCCAAACAAAGUAUAAUUACUCCAACAUUCAAUAGUAAAUUUAGAGAGGAAGAGAGAAAAAACAGUGAGAAAAGGUAAAAAACAGUGCGAAAAGGUAAAUUCACAAGAUUUUGGCGAGAAAUAUAGAGUAGUGAGAAGCUUUGGGCAUUUCUUUCUUGAUGUGUUUGAUUGGAAUUUUAGACCUUUAUGCCGAGUGAAUUGACCUAUGCUCAGGGUUUACGACUAUUUUGUUUUAGAAUAAUGUUGAGUGUGAUGAGAACAUCUUUACUUCUGAUGACAUAUUUUGACAUGAAUGUUCUGAGGUUCCAAAAAUAAUAGUUGAAGUUAAUGGUUGAUGCUGAUGACAUAUUUAGAAAAA